AUGAAUUACCAGGCUGACCAGCUGACUGAAGAGCAGAUUGCAGAAUUCAAAGAAGCUUUUUUGCUAUUUGACAAGAAUGAUGAUGGAACUUUAACAACAAAAGAAUUGGGAACUGUAAAGAGGUCUCUUGGGCAGAAUCACACAGAAGCAGAGUUACAGGACAUGAUUAAUGUAGAUGCUGAUGGUAAUGGCACAAUUGACUUCCCUGAAUUUCUGACAAUGAUGGCAAGAAAAAUGAAAGACACAACCAGUGAAGAAGAAAUUAGAGAAGCAUUCCAUGUAUUUGAUAAGGAUGGCAAUGGCUAUAUGAGUGCAGCAGAGCUUUGCCAUGUGAUGAUGUUUCUCACAAUGACAAACCUUGGAGAGAAGUUAACAGAUGAAGAUGUUGAUAAAACGAUCAGAGAAGCAGAUACUGAUGGUGAUAGUCAAGUAAACUAUGAAGUGUUUAUACAAAUAAUGACAGCAAAGUGA